AUGAUUUCCUCGUGUUUGCCAUUUCUCUGUCUGACGCACCGAAACAAAGUUCUAUACCGUCGACCACAUCGCACAUAUCGACAUCACCGAGAGUCCGUGUACGACGUUCCUGAUUUUGCCGCACUGCCUCCUGCAGCCCCAAUCUUCAUUCCCCCGUCGCCACCUCCGCCAGAGCCAGAUCUCCCUUUACCUCUUAUACCCCUCCCCAGACCGGAGGAACCUCUCGAAACUCACCCCCUCGUACAUUAUCGACCAAGAUCUCCACCGCUGAUAUCCGUUCAACCUCGCCAAGUUGUUCACCACCCUGAAAUAUCCCCAUAUCCAGAACCUAUCGUCCUUCCCUACCCAGAACCCAUUCUGUAUCCAGAACUUAUCCCCUACCGCGAACUACCCGCCGAUUGCGUACAUUUUCACCCCUACUUGCCCAGGAUGGUUGGCCUUUAUGGAAACUACAUCCGACCAGAGGAACUUCGGGCGGCCGUUGAGGUGGCCCUUGAUAUGAUCUUGAGGGAAUUACGUGAGCCAGAUUAUUACAGAGAUCGUGGCCUCCGACUCGGUGGGUUCAGAGGUAUUGGUAGCCUGUCCGAUGACAGAAGGCUGGGGGAUGUGGAACUUGAGGAGUAUGUUCGACGAAUGAAUCUCGUCGUCCAAAUCGCCAACAGCCAUGUCACUCCGCGUAUGAUGCAUGCUGAGAUACACCCCAAGAUCUCGGACAGUGGCGCCGACGCUGGCCGCUACCCAAGGGAAUUCGAACGCCCGAGGAGACUUGAGGAGUUUUUUGUUAUGGACUCAAGCACACUCGACCACAUCCUCCAAUCCUACGGUCUUCCCCGCGAUGGUUACUCACGCGACAACCUCAGCCUCAACCUUGGACGGUCUACCCUCAGCGGCCUCUCCCUCGGGCGGCCCCUCGGAUUAAACGACAGAUUGAACGACACCGAUCGAGUACGCGAACAGAAACUGAGAAAUUUGUUUGAGUUUCUUGGUGUUGAUAUGAGAGACGGGUUGGGAAGCUUCGGGGUGGGAUUGGGUGGAAGGGACUUGCUGGGCGCGGGUAGACUUGGGAAUAGAGGACCUGGGCUCCUGAGGGCAUUGGAUAGGUAUUGA